GACAUUUCCCUACCCUACCCCUACACCUACCCCAAGUAAUAUAUUUACAUCCCAAUACCCUUUUCAACAUCAUAACAAAGAACCCCUAUAUACAUCUCAUUCUAUGCAUCAAGUUUUGUUCAUAAUAAUCAAUUGGUGAUAGUAAGGAUAAUCAAAUAUUAGAAAAAGAAUGAGAUUUAGUUCAAGUGAUGAGGAAAGUAGCCAAUCUAGACAAAUUCAAUGGAUUCAGACAGAAGUUAAUAUUACUGAUCCUGAAUAUGAUUUUGUCGAAAAUUGCAUAGAAGUUUCAUGUGAUUCUUUAGAGACAUUGUCAUCCAUUGAAACGAUUGAUGACACUUCUUCGACAUCAUCUCCCGAUGGUCCACUGUAUAGGUUAUCCGAGCUUAUGGCACAAUUACCUAUCAGGAGAGGUUUAUCAAAGUACUAUCAAGGGAAGUCCGAAUCAUUUGGAUCACUUGCAAAUUUAACGAGCUUUGAAGAUCUUGCAAAGAGGAGUCAUAGAUUUGGAAGGCCAACAAAAUCAUCAAUUAGAAGUGGUCAAAGUAAAAUACUAAAUCCCAAGGGCAACAUUGUCAAAAACAAAAGGAGUUCUUUAUCUUUCAUUGUAAAGAGUUCUCUGUUUUCUUCAUUCGACGCAAACCUUCUCUAAGCUUUAUAUAUAUAGACUAUAGUUAGAGAAUAUAAAUGGGUUUUCCUACAUACACUAACAAAUUCGUGUGUAGUGUUAUUGAGCCAAACUACCGAAACUAUGAUUUGAUUAAGAUUGGUUUGCUUUUUUAUGCGAUUUUUGUAUUUUUAUUACUUAAGAUGUAAUUUCAGGAAUACAAAUGUGUAUAAACAUACUUUAAAGAGUUGAUUUUGUUA